UGGCUGACCGCACCAGCUACGUCUGGGGCUAGUUACCAUCAUUCGGCUUUUUAGAAGUAAUCACUCACCUCAACCUCAACACGAGCAGAUAAAAGAGCAUUCAGCGUCCAAAUUUUCACAUCAGAAUCUAACUUUUAACGUGACACAUGUUGAGGUGGCAGUUGAAGAAAAACGAAAGUCUCAAAUUAUAACGUUGACACACAACGAAAGUUAAGCUCGGCGAACAGCAUUCUUCAACCCCAUUGCAACGUCAAUCUCCGUGUCUGGAUUACGGUUACGCUGUUUAUUUUUGUUUAUCACUGAUGAAAAAUGCUGAUGGGUCCCAAAGUGACAACGAUUCGUUGACGAUUCAUCGAACUUUUUUUUCCGCGAGAAUGCCCUGAUAAUCGGCUUGGGAGCAUUUUUCCCAAGCUUGUGGCCUUCGAUACGCAACUGGAGCAUUUUCAUCAUGGCCGCUAUUCUGCUGUGCAUUUUGAUCUAUUUUGCGGUGUAUGCUUUCGGAAUUCCUACUGCAUCUCACGUUUCGACGCAGGAAAAAAAUUACGUUCUUAGAGACGAGGAAAAAGUCGGCCCAGUUGGAGUAGAAAGGUCCUAAUAAUAUUACGGAGGAAUUGACAACCAAGUGCAUGGAAAAUGGUGAAACAGUGUUGACCGAAGAGUUAUCGAUCCGUUGAAACAUGACUCAACGAUGUAGGAGAAGCAACAGGGAAUUGAGGAUUAAACAUCCAGCGACAAGGGAUAUUAGAUGAGGAAUUUGUUUGAAGAUGGAGAUGAAACUGCGUUAUGUAAUGGAAUAAAAUAUAUUGCGACAAACUUUUGGACAAUUUCAUCUCUCAAUGUUCCUGGUGAAUAUUCAUAAUGCACAUGGAAUUAUUAUGACUUUUUUUUAUAAAGAAACGUCACUCGGGUUGGAGGUCGAUGCUAGAAGAGUCUCGAUUUGAAAUAUUUGCAAAAUGUUUUUUUAAGAGAAACAGUUCCUUACCUUUUCACUGGUGGAUCGUUUGAGUGUUUGAGUUCGAAAUGGACGAUUCUGUGGAUGAAAGAUUGAAUGGGCGCGCUACUCGCUCGCACUGGAAUUACAGCAUUUUUACCGACUGUGGUUAAUACACGUCGAAAUAUUUUCCCGCCAAUUUCUUUGUUGCCUCUAUUUUUUUUACAAUUUACAGUGCGAUUGUCUCUUGACGAAUGUGGUCAACAAAAGUUGUAAUAAAAAUGUACAUCAAUGUUGUUUUAUUGAAAUGAUGGCAAAAAAUGCAUAAACUCUCACGAACUCAAAGUAAAGUGAUAUGUUUUUGAAGUGUAUCAACAUGCGGUUUUUCAUAAGUGAACUUCGAAAUGUUUUGAAGGUGUUUUGUUUUUGAGGUUAUACGCACGCACUGUUGUUCUUUCUGUCUCUGUUUGGCUCUUUCUCUCUCUCGUAUUCCAUCGACUCGUCACGACGAGUUACGAAAAAAUGAUAGUUGAAUUGGAAAAAGUGAUAAGCUGUACGUCAGAACAUCCAUCUUAUCCUGCCUCGAAUUUACUAAAAGAACGAAUAAAUACAUCAUGGCGAUGUGCGAAGCCUGGGGAAAUGCUGGCAUCUGUCAUUUUUCAACUUGCUGAAUCUUCCACUAUUACUGGAUUGGAUAUUGGCAACUAUCAUUCUUGUGUGGUUUCUGUAACGGCUUCGACAGUCACAGAGCCGGACAACUGGGUACCUCUGGUAACGCACACAUUUAUGACCCACGACGAAGCUCGUGCGGGUAAAUUUAAAGAUCAGAUUGAAAUAUUUGAAAAGAGUCAGUUGGACGCAUUGAAAUUGCAUGUAAAGUUUGACAGAGUCAAGGUCACUUGUAUGCAAACGGCCAAUCUUCGUGAGCUAUUUGGCCUGACAACAUUUGUGCUGAAAACAGAAUCGACUCGUUAUCAAACUGAGAACUUUGUCAAACGUUCAAAAUUGCUAGAAACUCGAGCCGAAACAAUUGCUCCUGUGGAGUUUAAAGAGAAAUUCAUCAAACAACUUCCCAACAAGGCAGCACCUCCUUACAGACAAGUUUUGUCACAAAUGAUAAACGAAGAACGCAUGAACAGAUUGGAAAAGUGUAAAGCUAAAUUGAAUGCUCCUAUGAAACUUGGUUUCCUCGAUAGAUUGCAAGAAGAGACGAAGAAAUACAAAAUUCAGAUUACUGAAGAGAGAGUCGAUAAAGUGAGAAAAGAGGCAGAAAAAGAAGAGGAACGUAAAAAAAAGGAAGAAAACGAAAGUCCCAGUGCACGGGCUUUCCAAAAAGCUGUUCAAGAUUCUAGUCCAAAAGCUUUGAAAACGAAGUUAUCGACAGAAGCACAAGAAACAAAGGAAGAAACUGAGCGUAGGAAAAAGUUCAAAGGAGUACCAAGCCCAACAGCUGCACCACAGUCUAAAGAUUCACGCGAAUCAAUAAAAACGAACACAGCCGCUGAGGAAAAGCAGAAACCGACAAUGGUACGGAACACAACAACGAAGCAAUGUCAAGAGUGCAAAGAAGCUAGCGGCAGCGAUGCAGUUUGUGGCAAUUGCAAUAAAUUGCAUGCCCCGAAGACUGUCGCUGGUGAAAAUUCGAAAAAAAAAUCUCCUGCAAACAAAAAGAAACGACCAGCGUGGAAACCAAAAAAACCGUUUGAAAAAUUGUUCGAAGAUGUUUCAUUUUCAAUGAGCGGUUACCAAAACCCUCACAGAGAUGAAAUCAGAAGAAAAGCUCUGAAAAUGGGCGCUAAAUACAUUGCCGAUCCAAAUACCACUGACAAAAAAUGCAGCCACCUUAUUUGCGCCUUCAAAAACACACCAAAAUCCAAUCUUUUGAAGGGUCACACAAAAAUUGUUUCUCACGCGUUCAUCGAGCAGUGUUACGAUAAAAAAACCAGAUUCCCAUGGAGACGCUUUGCACUUGACUCUAAAGAAAGAGCGGAGCCUGAAAGCGAAGAAGAAAUGGAGGCAGGACCGUCGGAUCCUUAUCGAAUGGAAACGGACCCAGAAUCUGACUAACCUAAAACCGAAUUCCAUCGAUUGUACAUAAAACACUAUUUUUCCUAUAACUCUUCAUAGACGCAAUUUGUUUGAAUAUUUAAUUAAAAAAAAAACAAUGAUUACUCCGAGAUGAAUUUUCGAAAGAUAUUCUUUGCCAAACGCAAUCUUUUUUUAAUCAGUCUCCGUUGAACGAUUUUUUGAAAAAAAAGCAGGAAUGAGGGAAAAAAAAGCAGAAAGAACCUUAAAAAAACGGUCGUCCAUUGAAAUCCAUAUAAAAAAAAAUCCACGAAAUAGCCUAUCGGUAAUAUUUUCUCAUCACAAAUUUCUAAAAAAAGGUUCAAAAAUGUACGCCAUUAGAUGUCAAUAUUUCGCUGAUAUUAUUUUGAAAAAUAAUGUAAACGUGAAACAGAAAAAACCACUAAAUUCUUGUUUUUUUUCAGUUUAAUGAUUAAAUCAGUGAAUACACGGUCUACUCCGUCGGCUAUCAGUCAA